AGCCGAGUCCUUGUGCAUCAGUAACUGUAUAGCUGGUUUUUUUUAUCGCAAUCUGUAAGGGUCUUGACGCCGAAGGGGAAUCUACCAGCUAAGUCAUCUUCAGACCUGUAUGGUUCACGGUUUCGUCAGAUGCCGGCUUUGAGGUCAUAAUAUUAUAUACUAUAGGCGGAUAAUAAGAUCCUCAUAGAGAUGCUUCAUGCCGGUUAUGUGAACAGUGCCGGACGGUGACUGAAUGCUUCUCCCGGCGUGCGAACUGGAUGUCCAAAGUGAAGGAGAUGAUUUUCCAUGCUGGCUUCCUAAUGUCUUUAUAGGUGAUAGCAGCGCCACACGUCCUUGUGCUCUGUUAUGAGCGACGUCCGGACCAAGAAGGCUGAUCUCCGUCUGCUCGGCUUUAGGGAGAUGUCAUUUAAAGCAGCAUGCGUCCGGGCGGCUGCAUCAGUAGAAGGAGCAGCUCGGCGUCCGGGGCUGCGCCCCUCGGCUCCCCGCCCCGUUUCUUUCUCUUUCUGACUGCUUUUACACUUGCCGCCGCCGUACUUUUCGAGCUCGGGGACGGCGGACUGACCGUGACCUUGCUUUUCCUCAAGCUCUUCGUGUACGCGUCGUUCCUCGCCGCAUGCUUGUCUUUAGGGACCCUCGGACUCCUUGCGAAACGGGAUCCCUUUAAAAUCACGAGCUUUGACACUUCCAGGAAGACGCCGACAUACUUGUUGGAUUUACUCAAUAAAAAAAUGGGACACUAUUCAGCACCUCAGUCAGAGCCCUCCCAGGCAAGGCGAGUGGUGGUGUCCCUCAACGUGGACAAGGCCCUCCAGGAAGUUUUCGAUUACAGCUACAGGGACUACGUGCUGUCCUGGUACGGGUCACGGAGCCGCGACCAGGGCCAGCUCUACCUCCUGCUGCAGCAGGACUUCUGGACGGUGGUGCGACAGCUCAGGGGCCGGCUGGCCGGGGUGGACGUAGUGCGGCUGCUGUGCGGCGAUGUCGUCAGGGCCCUGCACUCCCACUUCUGCGACUUGAGGGCCGCCGGCACCGGGCAGGAGGAGCCUCCACGGCCUUUCCCGCUGCACCCGUGUCUGCGCAGCCCCAAUGAUGAGCUGCGGUUCAUGCGCUCCUGCGUCCACCUACUGCUGCUCUGCCUCGGGCCUGCGCACCACACCUGCAGCCUGCGCGCGGCGCUGGCCGACAUCCUCACCACCAAAGUGCUGUGCCCCCUGGUGGAGCAACUUAGUGACCCUGACUACAUCAACCGCACCCUGCUGACCCAGCUGGAACAGCGCGAGCAGCUGAGCGAGCGACACAGGAAGGCCUACACCUACGCCCCGUCCUACGAGGACUUCAUCAAGCUCAUUGGCAGCAGCUCUGACAUUCAAUUCCUUAAGCAGCUGAGGUACCAAAUCGUCGUGGAGAUCGUCCAGGCGACGACGAUCAGCAGCCUGCCUCAGCUGAAGAAACAGAGAGACAGCAGAGGGAAGGAGACGGCGGCCAUGAAGGCAGACCUGCUGAGGGCACGCAACGUGAAACGCUACAUCAACCAGCUGACGGUGGCUAAGCGGUGCUGCGAGGCACGGAUCCGGCUGCUGGGUGGCCCCGACUACGAGCUGCAUGAGGAUGGGCUCACCGACGAGCUCGACGGGAUGCGGGGCCAGAAGAUCCUCCAGUUUGAGGAGAUCAUGUCUAGCCCCAUGUACCGGCAGCAAUUUCACAUCUACAUGGAAAGGAUGGACAAGCGGGCUCUCAUCAGCUUCUGGGAGCAAGUGGAGAUGCUGAAGACUGUCAGCAAGAGCGAAGUCCCACAGCAGGUGGGAGACAUCUACCAGAAGUACUUUGUGGAAAGCAAGGAGAUCCCAGUGGAGAAGGCUCUGUACAAAGAGCUGCAGCAGACGCUGGUGGGGAACCGGGGAACUGGCGUGAUCCACAGGAUCCAAGGGGACGUGUAUGAGAGCCUGAGGGAGCGAUAUUACCCGUCCUUCCUGGUCAGCGACCUGUGUGAGAGGCUCCUGCAGCCCCAAGAGCAGCAUGACAGCACGCAGUCCAGUUUUGAAGACAACGAUGAAAUGGUCUGUGACACUGGAGAGGAGCUGCUGGAUGGUCUCAGUGAGCAAGUUAGCUAUGCCACCAGUAAGCUGCAGCAGCUCCACAGCAAGCUGGAGUACAAGAUGCAGGCCCUGGGCUCCAUCCAGAACUCUCCCAAGCCAGACAAAAAGAUUGUGUGCCAGUUGAUGGAGGAGAUUGCGGCCAUGGAGAAGGUGCAGAGUGAGCUACAGCAGCAUGUCUCUCGCACUGACUGGUGGUGUGAGAACCUGGGCAGGUGGAGGGCAAUCAUCAGCAGUGGGGAAUUGGUGGAAGAGAAUGGAGAUCAAGUUCCGUGCUUCUCUCUGACUGUCAGCCUGAUGGAGGCCGAUGAGGCUGACGGGAACCACUGGGUUGUGUCACGGAAGCUGAAUGACUUCCAGAUCCUGCACCGGAAGCUGACAGAGUGUUUUCCAUCACUGAAAAAAGUUCAACUGCCCUCCCUCAGCAAGCUGCCAUUUAAGUCCAUAGACCUAAAAUUCCUGGAGAAAUCCAAAGGCCAGCUCAAUGCCUUCCUAGAGAAAAUGCUGGCAGACGAGCGGCUCUGCCAGAGCGAGCUUCUCUACGCCUUCCUCAGCCCGUCCCCUGAGCACCUCAAGGUCAUCGACAUCCAAAACAAGACGACCUUCUCCUUGGCCUCCUUCCUGGAGAGGCUGCCAGGAGACCUCUUCUCCCACCAGGAGACUAACACGUGGCAGGACGAGACAGAUGACGAUAACGACUUUGGCUGUGGGGAUGAGGUGGCUGAGCCAUGCUUCAUGCUGAUUGGAGAGAUCUUUGAACUCAGGGGCAUGUUCAAGUGGGUGAGGAAGACGCUAAUUGCACUAGUUCAAGUCACCUUUGGACGAACUAUUAACAAGCAGAUACGCGACACGGCCAGCUGGAUGUUCAGCGAGCAGAUGCUCACGUGCUACAUCAACUUGUUCCGUGAUGCCUUCUGGCCCGACGGGAAGCUGGCAGAGCCCGAAGCAAGCCGAUCAGACCAGGAGCGCCAGGAGACCAAGGAGCGGGCGCGACAGAAGCUUCUGGACAACAUCCCAGAAGCCCUGCAGAAUCUCGUGGGGCAGCAGAACGCCCGGCACGGCAUCAUCAAGAUCUUCAAUGCCCUCCAGGAGGCAAAUGCUAACAAGCACCUUCUCUACGUACUCCUGCAGAUCGUGCUCAGGGAGCUGUGUCCUGAGCUGGGCACAGAAGCAGACCAAGUCUGACCCUAGAGUAGCUACAACCCAAAACAGAGGCUGAAAGAGGAAUGAAUCUGACCCAGCCUUCCACCGACCAGCAGACGUCCAGCAGAACCACCUGGGGGUGGAUGUAGUGCAGUCAAGAGACGUCUUACUGAGACAGUGAUGAACGUGGCCCAAGAACAAGGAAUUACAUUUUGCUGUGUGUCCUACCGCUGCUCACUCAACACGGUAGGGACAAAACACGGGGAAGAGCCAUGGAAUUUCCUUGCAAACUUUUGUUUGAUUUUAAUGUGAAAACAACCAGUCUAACUGCCAAACUCUUCUGUGGAGAGACAGGUUUGUGGUGGGACCCUAUUGAAAGGUAUUAUUUAUAGUGAGUUAUUGUAAAAUGAUUAAUGUUGUAAUCAUGCUGUUGAGAAAAAAGAAUGGAAAAACAUUCCUUGACCUUUUCUUGUGCCCAUCAAAACACUUGUGCAAUAUUUUAUGUAUAGUAAUUGUGGCUAUUUUAUUGUUAUUUAGAUUGUAUUUUUAAAGGAUUAGUGAAAAGCAUUUAUAAGCAAUAAACCACUGAUGUACAUUA